UAUUAAUGUCUCUUUCCAUACAUAGUCAUUUCUGCAAGUUGGGUUUGGUUUUCUCUUCCUCGUUCGUUUCAUUUCGUUUCGUUGAAGAGCAACUUUUCUCUCUCUGUCUCUGUACAAUUCUCCCUUUUCUUCCCUCGUAGAUCGAAAGGGAAUAUUCUUCCAUGGCCUCCAAGCGGAUUCUGAAGGAGCUCAAGGACCUACAGAAAGACCCUCCAACCUCUUGCAGUGCCGGUCCCGUAGCAGAAGAUAUGUUUCAUUGGCAAGCAACUAUAAUGGGUCCCCCUGAUAGCCCUUAUGCUGGGGGUGUUUUUCUAGUUACUAUUCAUUUUCCUCCGGAUUAUCCAUUCAAGCCACCCAAGGUUGCAUUUAGGACUAAAGUUUUCCACCCAAAUAUCAACAGCAAUGGUAGUAUUUGUCUUGAUAUCUUAAAGGAGCAGUGGAGCCCAGCAUUGACAAUAUCUAAGGUGUUGCUCUCCAUUUGCUCCCUAUUGACCGAUCCAAACCCAGAUGACCCCUUGGUGCCUGAAAUUGCUCAUAUGUACAAGACAGACAGGUCCAAGUAUGAAACAACUGCUAGGAGCUGGACUCAGAAGUAUGCAAUGGGCUAGCAUGUUGGAAUAAGGCAUUGUAUUAUAGGAUAGGACGUGAUCCUUCCAUUUUUAAAAGACAUUAAUGUAUAAUCUAUCUUUUCAUUCCCGCUGUUGACAUAUUGAGGAUAGGUAACAGUGCGGUGCGGAGGAUUUUUUAGUUUGUUUGUAUGAAACUUCUCUUGUGAGUGCUGGGAAUUGGGAAAUACAUGUAGCUGAUAUUCUUCUGUGUGUUCCAAUUUAUUUAUCUUUACAUACUAUGCUUAGUAUGCUAAUUUCUA